AUGGGUUGUUGCCAUUUCAAAUUAGCACGAGCUGAAAACAGCUCGUCAGCAGAGAAUUCUGCAGCUGGUACGCCGACCGAUUCACGUGAAAUAGUUCUCAGAAACGGAGGAAGACUAAGGCAUGGAGAAAAUCAAGAGAAUGAAUUGCACAAUGCUGCGUUUCCCCCAAACUUGUUUGGUUUCAGUUUUCCAAACGGUAUUAAACGGUUUUUUCAAUCAUUAUCAAACAUUGUUUAUUUAAAAAGAAGUAUAAAUGGAUAUUUAAGAAAAACACAAUUGAAUGGUUGUGGUGUCAUCAUUGAAAAGAUUGAGGAAAACGAAUUUUAUUCUGAAUUGGCAAACAUGUAUGCACACUUAGGAAUCAAUCAAGGUACCAGUAGUUUGAAGAUCGAGGAGAUUGGCGAAAGCGAAUAUUCUUCUGAAUUGGCGAACUACACAAGAACUGGAGAAACUGCUUCUGACCUCAUUAUAAAAGAAGUCGUUGUGAUAGCUGCAGAAAACCAAGUGAAGGAGUCAGAAGAGAAAAGCAUUGAGAAUGAUCCAUCACACAUAACAACUGUGAGCAUUGGUUGUCGGAGCACUUUGACGUUGCCACGCAGUGAUAGAAUGAUGAGGGAAAAAGAAAAAAGAAAAGUCAAGUGGCAAGACGAGCAAAUGCUUACAAACAACAUCGAGAAUCAAAAGACGUCUGACCGUGCGCAAAAUCUAUUGCACAUGAAAUGGAGGGAUGAGAUUGAGUCGUACAUGAGGGAAAUGUGCGUGGGAAAGAGCAGCGACGAUGAGUCAUCGCCAGAUGAAGACGUUGUGAGCAGUGGUAUGUCGCUUGUUACUCGGACAGACGAAAUGAUGGGAAGGAUGGAACAGAAAGUGAGAGAGAAGUCAAUGUUCAAAAAUAGUUCAAGAUCACGAGGAAGCUCUAGUAUGGAGGAAAAAGCGUGUGAAUUCGUAGAAGAGACUUAUCCCAAUCUCGUGCAAAGAGAGUUACUGGGCAGCAGCAAGAAAGGUGGUCCAUCACACCAAACAGCAGCUGUCAACAGUGAUGGUCGGAGCGCUUCAAUGGCGUCACUUAGUGAUACGAAUGAAAUGGUGAGAGGAAAGGGAAAGAAGAAAGUCAAGUGGCAAGGAGAGCAAAAAGUACUGACAAACGUCUUAGAGAAACAAGAGAUGUCUGACUUGGCGCAAAGUGUGAGAGUGAGGAAAGAGAUUGAGAUCGAGUCUUCCAUGCGUGGAACGUGCGGAGGAAAGAGCAGGAACGAUGAGGUACCAUCGAGUGAAGACGGUGUGAGCAGUGGUGUGGCGAUUGAGAAUGGAAAAGAUGAAAUGAUGGGAGAAACGAAAAUGAAAGAAAUACCCAGGAAGGACAGGCUCAAGCGCACAAUUGGUUUCAGAUUUCAAAGAAGCUCCGACAUGGAGGACAUAACAGUGGGCGGAACGUUGGAUGAAAUGAAUAAAACGAUAGGAAACAUUUCUGAGCGUCUCGUUUCCGAGAAGUUACAAUGGAGCAGCACAGAAGAUGGUCCAUCUUACCAGGAGAAUGUGCGCAGUAACAGUCGGAGUGAUUUGAUGUUAUCACUUGAUGACGGAAUGAAGAAAAAGAAAGGAAAGAGAAAAAUCAAGUGCAAAGACAAGCACAUCAAGACAAAAGAUACAAGAAAAGAAGUGGCAUCGUCCGACAUGGCGGAAAGAAUGUUAAGAAAAGAGUUAGAACAAGAAAUCGCCAAUGAAAAUUAUAUCCGCAAAAUGUACAGAAGAAGAUGGAGUAGGAAUGCACAUCAAGACAAAGUAAACAGUGUGGAAACGAAGUGUGAAGGUGAUGUCAUAUUAGAGGACUUUGACGAUACUAUCGAGCCUUCAACGGAUCGAUCAUGGCAAAAUGGUAGAAGUGUUACUGCUCCAUCAGAUCGACCAGGAACCAGGAAUGUCGGACCCAUUCCUCUAAGGUUGGCUUGGAGUUACGACACAAUGAAGGAGGAAAGAGAAGUUGGAAAACAUGAAAAGAUGAAAGAAACGCCAACAUCUGCACGUGAUGCCGCUACUAGUGAGAGUGAUGUGUCGCCCUAUUGGCCUUAUCGUGAAUGGAUGGAGAAUGGAAGUUUGAAUAGAAAAGAGAUAACUCCGGGACGACAAGUGCACACGAAGAAAAGGAAGAGAUGGAAUAUUGCUACGAGAUUGAGAAAGCGUUGGAAGCGGAGAAGACCAUCAGUCGCUCCAGCGCCAGUUCCCGAAAUCAUAGAAGAACGUUAUGAUGUAGAAGCUGUCGACGUUGACGGCGUACAAAACAAUCGCGAGGACGACAGCCAGGCACACCAUGCUAGCAUUUUGAUCUCUCCAGCCUCUCCCCCACUUCUCUUGCCACCAUGUUGUCGUCCAUUCUAUGUGUCAAUAAACUAUGAAACCACAAAUCUUGUGUCUCGUGCCAAUCUCAAGCAGUCUCGUGCCAAUCUCGAGCAGUGUACCUCAGAUUACUUGAAUCGUUAUAAUGAUUGUGGCACGUGA